UGUACAGGAGCGGAUAGCCAGGUCUCACGGCUCCCAGUGUGGCUUCUGUACCCCGGGUAUCGUCAUGUCCAUGUACGCCCUGCUGAGGACCAACGCCACGCCCAGCAUGGCCGACGUGGAGGAAGCCUUCCACGGAAAUCUGUGCCGUUGCACCGGAUACAGACCCAUACUGGAAGGAUACAAGACUUUCACUGUGGAGGGCGGGUGCUGCGGUGGCAGGGGGCGGGACCAAGGCUGCUGUCUGGCCAAUGGGAACGCAGCUGAGAAGCCUUUAGGGGAAGACUCUGAUGAAUCAUCGUCUUUAUUCAACGCUGCGGACUUCGCGCCCUUUGACCCUACACAGGAAGUCAUCUUCCCUCCUGAACUCAUGUCUCUGACCAAAGGUCAGGGGUCAGCAUCGCUGUGUUUCCGUGGCGACAGGGCGACCUGGCUGCAGCCCGCCACGCUGGACCACUUCCUGUUUCUGAAAUGGAAACAUCCGGACGCCAGAGUAGUGGUGGGGAACACUGAAGUGGGUCAUACACCAGCUGUAGUUAUUAUCAGUGAGGAGUCCAGGGAGGUGUGUAUUUUAGAGGGAGGCUGCAGCUUUGAUUCCAGCAUGGAGGAGUCUUUCUCCACCAAGGUAGUUAAAUACCAACCUCUCCUAAAUGUGUAG